AUGGAAAGUGAACAAAGUAGUCAACCAAAAGGAAGUAGAAGGGUUUGGAAACAACAUGAAGAAGAUGCAUUGCUCUCCAUACUUGAUGAGGCAGUUGUUAAGAAUUUGCGAUGUGAUAAUGGUUAUUUCAAACCUGGAACAAUGGCUCAGUUUGAAACAGCUAUUAAUUUGAAAUGUCCUAAUGACAAUAUAAAGGCAGUUCCACAUAUUGAGUCCAAAAUGAGGAGGUGGAAAAAAGAUUAUGCAAUAGUUUAUGACAUGGUUAAUAAAACUAGUUUUGCAUGGAAUGAUGUACAAAAGUGUAUUGAGGUUGAUAGCACUGAAGUAUGGCAAUCCUAUGUAAAGGUUAACAAAGAAGCAGAAGGCUGGCUAGGAAAAUCGUUUCCAUUGUAUGACAGAUUGAAUGUUAUUUUUGGGAAAGACCGAGCAACCGGAAUAGGAGCUGCAACUCCUACUGAGAUGAUGAAUGAGCCUGAGCACAUUAAUGAAGAUGAAGAUGAGGCGGAGACUAGUUCUCCCUCUUUUGCUCGACGGUCCAGUAGUUCAAAAAUGCUUUCUGAAUCAGUUGAUAAGUUGGGUGAAGUUUUACAAGUUGCUUUUGGAAAAGGAGUGGAUCCAAAACCUGAGAUUGUUUCAGAAUUGUCAAAGAUGGAUUUGUCUAUUGAGGAUCAAAUCAUGGCACUAAAUAUCCUUUUCGAAAAGCCACAGAAUGAGAGGACAUUCUCGUCUUUGGAUGGUGCAAUGAAAAAAGCCCUUGUACUCAUGUUACUUGGACAAAGUAACCCCAAUUGA